UCACUGUGAAGAAUGAAUAAAGCAGCAGUUUGAAAAUCUGAUUUCUUUUCUAGAAUAUGAAGAUGCAAAAGGCACUACUGUUCAAAAAUAAUGGAUAAAAUCAAGGGAAUUAGGUUUGAAUGAAGACAGAAUGUGUCGUGGAUUUCUUGCUUUCGUGGAUCAAAAAUCCUGACUUUUGGGGUUUGCAGCAGCUGAGAUGUGGAUUCUGUGAAACCUGUUCUCUCAAAGCCUCUGAGGAAAGAGCAGAAAUGAUGGGGCCACGGCUGAGAUUUGGGGCUUCCCAGCGGCGUCACGCAGAGUCGAUCAUUGUCUCUCACACUUUCUAACUAACCAUUUCACAACAUGCAGACAGCGGAUCAGCAGCAGCAGCAGCAGCAGCAGCAGCCGCCGCAGGGCUUUUUUCUCCCCGACGUCGAGCAGAACUAACACCUUGGAUUCACCGCGCGGAUGAGCGCAAUUAACGGACUUCAUCUAUAACAAUGUCUCCUUUCCCCAUCGACUGAUGAUAAGGCUGAGUUUAGCCAUGGACGUGGAGAUCUAAGUGUUCUGAAACUACAGAGGAGAGGAGACACACUGCGGAACACUUCCAGCGGCUGAAUGAUCGUCGGACACCAUGUGCAGACUGGCGGAUUUUACGCACGGAGAGCCGCACAGAGCCUUUGAUUUUGGAUUAGUGUGAGCCGCAGGACGCGUUUCUCUUUUGAAAGAGGGAGAUAUUGACACCGUGUAUUCCUCGCGCUCCUGAUCUCGGUCUCCUGGUUCCUGCAGAACGAACUCCAGAGUCGCACAGAGCUCAUGCAGUCGCCAAGGGAGAGGAGUGAAGUGCGACCCCGAGCUGGAUGGAUGGUUAUGGGGAAAAGAGGAAGAGCCUCGGCGCGUGAAGUGUGCAGAGUCCUCGCCGUGUUUCUCUCACUCUUCCCUCACGUGAGUCUGCAGUGCAAGAUCCUCAAGUGUAAUUCAGAAUUCUGGGCGUCCACGUCAAACUCUGGACCGGAGGAGGAGUUCUGCACGGCGCUGCGAGUGUACAACAGCUGCGUACGCCGGACCGCACGGACCUGCAGAGGCGACUUGGCGUACCACUCUGCCCAGCAUGGCGUCGAGGAUCUAAUGAGUCAACACAACUGCUCCAAAGAGGGGCCGACGUCCCAGCCACGGGCCGGGACCCCGCUCCCUCCUCCGCCUCCUCCACUCCCGCCCGACAGCCAGGAACGCUCCGAUGGCCCAGAAGUGUGCCACUACGAGCGCAGUCUUCCACGCCACACUGCGCCGCCCAACUACACCCACUGUGGCUUCUUUGGAGAUCCACACCUCCGAACUUUUGGAGACGACUUCCAAACGUGCAAGGUGGAAGGGGCGUGGCCGCUUAUUCAUAACAAAUACCUGUCUGUCCAGGUGACCAACACCCCUGUGGUGCCGGGCUCUUUGGCCACAGCUACAAGCAAGCUGACAAUCAUCUUUAAGAAUUUCCAGGAGUGCGUGGACCAGAAGAUGUUCCACGCAGAGACCGGUGAGCUGCCUGCUGCGUUUGCCGACGGCUCAAAGAACGGAGGCGAUCGCCACGGCGCGAACACCCUGCGUGUGGUGGAGAAGGUUCCCGGGCAGCACGUGGAGAUUCAGGCCCGGUACAUUGGGACAACCAUAGUCGUGCGGCAGGUGGGCCACUACCUAACCUUUGCUGUCCGGAUGCCGGAGGAAGUAGUGAACUCCGUGGAGGACGGCGAUAACCAGGACUUGUACCUGUGUCUUCAUGGCUGUCCUGCAAACCAGCGCAUUGACUUCAGGAACCUCAGGGUUGGAGAAGCGGAGCCUCACAGCGCAGCCAGAACCAGGAGCAGCAGCAGCACCGGAGCACAGGGCUUCACCUACCAGUCUGCCAAGGCAAGGUGUAAAGAGCGGCUCCCGGUGGAGGAUCUGUACUUUCAGUCGUGCGUGUUUGACCUCCUCUCCUCUGGUGACGUUAACUUCACCAUGGCAGCCUACUACGCCUUUGAGGAUGUAAAAAUGCUGCAUUCAAACAGCGAGCGCUACCACAUCUUUGAAAAGGAUACUUUGAUGGGCAGCGCAGCACCGAGAGGCACAUGUGUGCUUUCUCUGCUCUUCCUCAACCUCCUCGCCGUCUUAUUAUGGACCGAGUGUUGUGUUCCGACGACGUCCUGGUGUGUGUGAGAGACUGUGUCGCUCAGAGGCUUCUCGUUUGUCUCGACUUCAUUCUAAAGCCGCGGGGAGUCCACCUAUCAUCACAUGUGUUUAACUGCUUCAUACGACUGGUCUUUGAAGAGCGCAGCGGUGAGAGAGCCCGGCCGUCACAGAGCUCAGGAUAUCCACCUGGGAUUAAAUCCCACAUUCUCACUGAGGCGGCGUGCCUAUGGGAAACCAGACAAGAUGAUCUUCUGCAGAAAGAGGAGUUUGCUGAUCCUCCCUCCCCCUGAUCCGUCUCAUUGGUGCCGAGCCACUGAAGCUCCCUGUGGCUCAUGUGGCGAAGCGAGAGGACCUGACAGGGUCUUUUGUUAACCUAAGGCCAGAAGCAGUCUAUGUUUGAUUAGUUUCCAACUUUGGAAAAGCUUGAACCUUGUGGAGGAAGCACUCGAGCCAAAAGGAUCAGGUCAGCAUGCCCAGUUGUCUGCUUUAGAGAUUAAUGGGUCAUAUUGUUGGGUUAUGUGUGUGUGCGUUAGAACAAAGUGUCUGUGGUUAAUUUAGUGUGUUUGUGGUUGCUGGAGUUCCCAGAAAUGAGAUCACAUAUGUCCCACGUCUUUGUUGCACCCAAGAUUUCAGGACUGGACUCUGAUCGGCCGAGUGGAAAAACCCAAAAUGGAACAGUUAGGAAUAAUCUCUUCAUCUCUACAUCGUAUCCAGUGUCAUUUAUCAGACAAUGUUUAUGUUUUUUACUAAGUAUUUGAUGUGAAUGUUGCUUAAAAAAAGAAAAAGAACAAACGUAGCUUCAGGGCACGAACGGCGUUCAUCAGUGAGCGCGGUGUAGAUCGCGCUCGCCACCUGACUGUGCUUUUUACCGACUCAAUGAUCGGCAUAUGUUUGUAGGCGUGAUUCUGUGGCUUCACAGCGAGCCCUUGUGCCAAGCGUUCACACUGGGGAGAUGCAGUAUUUAAUGGUAUAUAAUUAGUAUUUGUGUGUGAAAGUGACAGUUGUAAAAGCAGAAUUGGAUUCUAUUUUUGCAGUCUGGGCUUUCCUCGCGUUUUCCUGGGAUUGUCCCCGACACUCGUGCUGUGAGAGGUUUCUACGUUCACCUGUGAUGUGAGUCAUCCGUACACAUGUUGCUGUUACUACUGGAGCUCAGUUUGACCGUCUUUCAUCAUUUACACUGAAGUAUUCGGCAGCCGUUACUGCUGCUGGUGCGGAAACAGAGAAACAAACAAAUGAUUGUAAAAUGGAAUCUUGUGUGAAUAGAUGUCAUUUGUAUUGUGUAAGUGUAAGAUUGUACAUAUGGUUUUCUUGUGAGUUGUGGAGUUUUACAUUUUAUAUAUUACCAGUUGUGUUUUGAAUUUCUCGGCCCAGUUUUUGUACAUCUGAUGUUUUUCCAUCAAACACACACAGACUUCGGCACCCUCGGUUUUUGCUUGUGUGUUUGCAGAUGAAGUAAAACAUUAAAUGCUUCUUCUUCUUCUGCUUCUUAAAGUAGAAGGUUUUUUCUGGGGUGUUGAUGUUUUUGAGUUGAAAGCACUUUAUGGGUUUUUUUUCUUUCAUUGAUUAACUCUUCUUUUGUUUGAAAUCGUUCAUAUUUGUAAUGGUUUAAAACACACUUCACCAGAAAGAUCAAACUGUGUUAAUAUGUUAGUAAAGUAAAUGUGGUGCCACACCAGCUGUUUAUAAUGUAAAUUAUUUAUUGAAUAAAAGAAAAAUGUCUUGUUAAAUGA